AUGGGGGUUACGGAGUGCUUCAUUGGCCGUGUGGACGGGGAAAGUGGUGGUACUGCGAAGACGUGCUCUUCCCCGCUUCCCAUACCGAACGGCGUCGUCGACGUGCCGCCAGGUAGUAAACUAGCCGUGAACACCAAGGCCGAGUACCGGUGCAACACUGGCUACCAGUUGGUCGGAGUGGCCGAGCGUUUCUGCCAGAUGGACGGCACGUGGUCAGGCCAGGAGCCGUACUGUCAGGCUGCUUUUCCUACGACGACCUGUCCCCCGCUCGGUCCCAUAGUCCAUGGCGAAGUCACCGUGGAGGCGGGGCCGAUUCAUGUGAACACCAGGGCCGAGUAUCGAUGCGACAUAGACUACACGCUAAUCGGCGACAAGGAGCGCUUCUGCCAGCUUAACGGGACGUGGUCGGGCAAAGAGCCCAUCUGCCACGAUGCUAACGCUGAUACCUGCCCCGCGCCCCCUCCCAUAGCCAACGGAGCCUUCGACAUCGCGCCGGGCCCGAUUGUUGUAAGGACCAGGAUCGAGUACCGGUGCAACGCGGGCUACGCGCUGGUCGGCCAGAAGGAGCGCGUCUGCCAGCUCGACGGGUCCUGGACAGGCACCGCUCCCGUCUGUCAAGUAAGUUGUCCCAGGCCCAGUCCCAUAGCCAACGGCGACAUCUCCGUGCCGGGGGGCGCGAUUCUUCCCAACACCCCGGUCCAGUACUCGUGCAACCCGGGCUACACGCUGAUCGGCAUGCAGGUUCGCCUCUGCAAGGCCGACGGCACGUGGUCGGGAACCGAGCCCUUCUGUCAAAGUGGUACCGGUCCGAGAAACUGUCCCGCACCCACUCCCAUAGCCAACGGUGACGUCGAUGUGCCGCCGGGCCCUCUAGUUGCUAACACCAGAGUACUGUACCGGUGCAACGCGGGCUACACGCUAAUCGGCCCGAGUGAGCGCCUGUGCAAGCCCGACGGGACGUGGACGGGCGCCCAGCCCGUCUGUCAAAGUGGUUCCGGUCCGCGAAUCUGUCCCGCGCCCGGUUCCAUACCAAACGGCGCCGUCGAUUUGCCGUCGGGCACGCUUGUUGUGAACACCAGGGUCCAGUACCGGUGCAACGCGGGCUACACCCUAAUCGGCACCAUGGAGCGCGUCUGCCAGCCCGACGGGUCGUGGUCGGGCACCGAGCCUGUCUGUCAGGCUGCUGCGCCAUCUCCGACAACCUGUCCCGCGCCUGGUCCCAUAGCCAACGGCGCCGUCGACGUACCGCCGGGCAAGCUUGUCGUGAACACCAAGGUCCAGUACCGGUGCAACGCGGGCUACACGCUAGUCGGCAUGACGGAGCGCAUCUGCCAGGCCGACGGGUCGUGGUCGAACACCGAGCCCAUGUGUCAAGGUUCACCUCCUCCGGCUGGCGAGGACAAGACGACGGCGCAGCCCGACAACAGCAACGAGGCGCAGAUGACGUCGUGGGUGUUGCUGGCCCUGAUGGCCAUACUAGUGGUGGCGGGAGCAGUGGUCCUCUACAUGGCCUACCAGUUCUACUGUAAGGGACGGCCGGACAGGGCGUCCAUCUCUAGCGCCACCAGGACGCAGUAGGCCGCCGCGGCGCACGGGUGUGUGCACCGCGCGCCGCUCGAACGCAGUCGGCGCGACGACGUGCGGUGCGGUCCCGUACAUACCGCGAGGUCUGCGUUGCCAACAUUCCUCCAUGCACACCGUGUUCUAUGU